CUGACUGACUGUCUGAGGAGAUUGAAAACUUUGACAAACUCUUCAGAAAAGCCGCUUUAAAAGUUUAGUAAAGUUUCCCUCCGUGAUGUGCGGGCGUGUUUGAAGCGGACUGGCCGUGCGGCAGAUGUGGACUGGCCGUUAGUGGUGGAUGGAGUCGGGGUUCGGUGUCCAGCGGAGGGCCGGCGGUGGCUCGCCCGCUGUGGGAGGCGUCGCAGCGCCGCAGGAAGAUGCCGCUGAGAGCCGCUGAUGAUAAACUGCAGGUGAUCAUCAUCGGCUCCCGUGGAGUGGGAAAGACCAGCCUGAUGGAGAGAUUCACCGAUGACACCUUCUGCGAGGCGUGCAAGUCCACUGUGGGUGUGGAUUUUAAAAUCAAAACGGUGGAGCUGAGAGGAAAGAAGAUCAGGUUACAGAUCUGGGACACAGCAGGUCAGGAGAGGUUUAACAGCAUCACUUCAGCGUAUUACCGCGGCGCGAAAGGCAUCGUGCUGGUGUAUGACAUCACCAAGCAGGAAACCUUUGAAGACCUGCCUAAAUGGAUGAAGAUGAUAGACAAGUACGCGUCAGAGGAUGCUGAGCUCCUAUUGGUUGGGAACAAACUGGACUGUGAGUCUGAUCGCGCCAUCUCACGACAACAAGCUGAGAGGUUUGCCUUCACGGAUAUCAGGGAUGCGUUUCUGUGA